AUGCGCUUUUCCACCCACCACUUCCGUUCCCACGUUUAUCGCACUCGUUCGUCCAUUGUCACCUCUUUCUCAACGUCACCGCACGUUCAAACGCCAUCAGAGGCCUACAACGCUCUGGUCCAUCACAAACGUCUCGAAUUCGAUGGCCACCAAGUGGCACUCGUGCGCCGGUAUUUCGACAAACUGCAUACGCAAUUGAUUGACUACAAGUUGCCCGUUUCCGAGUUCCCUAAUACCGAGAAAGAAGCUCCGAAGACCAAAGAAGUGGACUUCAAGUCUGUCGUGAAGAUCCCUCGUGGGUUAUACCUCUACGGAGGCGUUGGCACGGGAAAGUCGCUGCUGUUGGAUCUAUUUUUUCGCACUGCGAACGUCCAACGCAAGCGACGCGUGCACUUUAAUGACUUUAUGAUGGAUCUACAUAGGCGAUUGGCUCGGGAAAAGACCAGAGAGGCGAUACCGGAUCCCAGUAGACCACCAGAGCACUGGAUGGGAAGCCACAGUCGAGAUGUUGUGGUCCAAGUCGCGCAGGAGAUGGCCGACGAGAGUCACUUGCUCUGUUUCGACGAGUUUCAAGUCACGGACGUCGCGGACGCACUCAUUAUGCGGAAAGUCUUUGGGGUACUGUUCCAACGGGGUGUCGUCAUGGUGGCUACGUCCAAUACGCCGCCGCAGGACCUCUACAAAGAUGGCACGAAUCGCGAGUACUUUAUGCCCUUCUUGGAUCAGCUCGCGCGGCACACGAAAGUGCUGUCGAUGAACUCGGAAAUCGACUACCGUCUUCUCUGCGAGCCUUUCGAUCGCGAGAGAACGUUCUUGACGCCACUGUCUGCCUCAACGCGGCGCGAGAUGGAUCAACUGUACCACGAGCUGUUGGCCGAUGAGGCUCGAGACUCGAGGGACAACAAUGUCCAGGACGAACUGCUGCACGUGCCCGUGAUGAUGGGUCGCACGCUCGACAUUCGAGGAUCUCUGAAGCGUGGCGUGUGUCGAGCAUCCUUUGAUGCCUUGUGCGGGACGGAGAGAGGGGCCGCAGACUACAAAGCCAUCGCCGAACGUUUCCACACGGUCAUGCUCGACGACGUGCCGAUGUUGAGCAUGGCCCAGCACGAUCCAGCGCGGCGCUUCAUUGUGCUCGUCGAUGAGCUCUACGAGCACCGGACGCAACUUGUGCUGUCAACUGAAGCUGCUGUGCCUCGCGAGAUCUUUUCGUUCGACGACCAGAGCGUGCAAGCGGCAUCAACAACCAGCGAAGCACAAGCGAACAAGCAGGAGGCAAUGCGCAUGGACAACAAAGCUGUAGGCGUUCCCACGAGUUCGUGCGAUGCGCCUGGAGGAGCGCCUUCAGGUCCCCUUGACACACGCAACCUCGUGGCACUCAAAGACCUCAAGAUCGCGUUCAAGCGCGCGGUAUCGCGGCUCCACGAGAUGCAAAGCACUCGAGGCAGCGAAAGGCCGUUGCAGCAGCUUUUGUCCACGCAACCGCCAUCGCCACCGCGCACCCCCUCACCAGCUCCCCCGCUCUCCUCUUCGCUUCCCCCUUCGGCCCUCCGUCGACAACAAGAGCGCGACGUCAUCCUGUCGUUCGACGCCCAUCCGCUCGGGCGACACGAAGCGUAUUUCCUCCUUGCAACAAAGUGGCUCAACACGUGGACAGCGUACGUCUGCGACGCGACCGCCACGUCGGCGCGGCCGGGACCCAUUGACAACUCGUCGCUCGUUGACCCGAUGGCGUACCGGGUGCAGCCCCACCUCCAGCCGACGGUCGACUACCGUGGGGUAUCCCCUCAAGUCUACGCCCUCUUUGCAGAGCUCUACGGCCCGAGCGUCAACGACACUGUCCAACAGUUUCUUGUGCGCUAUACGAUGGACCUCUACGCCCCUCCCGUCCUGAUCGACGACGUCCGUGCAAUGCUUCGGGUCCCCGCAGUCCGUGCGCGCGCAGUCGUGACGGCAGAGGUGACGGCCACGUGGCCAUUGGAAGAGGGAAGAGACGACAGUAUGGUGCUCGAAACGGGUCUUCGGCCUCGAGAUCGAGACGAUGAGACGUGGGCGUACAAGUGCUGUUGUCGCUGUGCGUACCUCGUGCCGUGUUUGUAUCGGGUGCUGGGAGGGGGACCGACGUAUGAGGAGGAGACGAGGGACAAGAGGCGAUGGAGGGACUAUGUGUGUUGCAGUCGUCGAGUGAGGUCGAGAAACGAGGGACACGAGCGCACGCACCGUCGAAGACGAGUGAAUGGGACGGAAGACGAGUCGAGCGACGAGGAAAGUGGCGGUAGGGACGAAGAGACGAGUGGGUUAUUGGCUUGA